AUGAUUCGCUCAAUUGCUUUCGCUGCUCUCGUUUCCUACGUUUCUGCCCAGUCGAUCCCUUCCAUUUCGUCCGGAUGCCAAUCUGCCAUUACUGGCGUGGCCGCUAACCCAGAUGCAGCUGCCUGCUUGAGCCCAGGAUCACUCGUAGCCCUGGCGGCUACUUCCUCGUCGAGCUCCAUUAUCGACCCAAUCAACCAGUGGCUUACCAGCCUUUGCGCCGCCCCCGCUUGCUCUUCUGCCACAAUUUCAGCAGUUGUCCAAAAUGUCACCACGGGAUGUGCCUCUGACCUAGCCCCCCUUGGUUUUUCUGCAAGUCUCACUCCCAGCAUCACUGGCAUUAUUCAACAAUAUUAUCCCACAGUUAGGAAGGUCGUCUGUCUUAAAGAUGGAAAUACGAACUGCAUAACUCAAACACUCACUAACGUUGAAAAAGCCUCUGGCUCUCCCAUUACCCUUGAAAAUAUCACCACUAUUGCUGCUACUGCUAACCUGACCGACCCCGCCAUUACUUGCACAAACUGCAUCAAGGCUGCAUACAACGUCAUCAAGACCGACCUUCCUUCCCUCGUGUCUGACGCUGAUGCUGACCUUAACCAGCAGUGUGGGGCUUCUUUCACAGACGGUCAAACCCCUGCUGGCAUUCUCCAAUCCGCAAACUCUGCUACUGCUACUCCCGGUAGCCAAAACAGCAACAACAACAGUGGUGCUCUUGGCUUUGCCUCUUCCCGUGGUGCCCUUGCUGGACUCGGCGCUUCUGCUGCCAUCAUUAUUUCAAGCUUUUUCGCCAUCUUGGCUUAA